AUGAUCGAUGCCGCAUCGGACUUUGGGGGAACAUGGGCAGAAGAGCGUCUGUACCCCAAUCUUCUCAGUCAGAAUUCCUACGGGCUGUACGAAUUCAGUGACUUACCACUCGCGGACGUGGUCCCACCAGAGGAAAACCACGAUGGCCCGCAGUUCAUCGCAGGCUGGAAAAUAAAUCACUAUCUACACGCGUGGGUGAAGAAGUGGGACUUGCGGAAACAUAUACGACUGAACUGGAAGAUUGCCCGUCUCGAAAGCAAAGAAUGGAAACUCGAAAUAAGCAUCACCACUUCAUCCCCCCGGCUUAUUACCGUCAUCUGCGACAAGCUCAUCUUGGCGACCGGAUUGACAUCGAUUCCAAAUCUGCCAGCCACCCAGACGCAUGGCGAAUUCGUUGAAAAGACCGCACCUACCAUCCACGCUAAGCAACUGGGAAACUGGGCUCGCGAGCAACUGGGGUACCAACCAUUACCAAAUACAGCCGGAAAACCAGAGCAACCCGACAAUUCAGACCCGAAAUUGGAGUCGGUUGCAAUAUAUGGCGGGGCAAAGUCAGCUUUUGAUGUGGUGCAUUUCUUCGCAACUUUGCAUCACAAUUCGCCCGAUUUGCAUCUAAAAUUCACGCCCAAGAACCCAGUGCAAGUGCACUGGAUCAUUCGUGAUGGGGGCACAGGACCGGCAUGGAUGGCCCCUUCGACAUCGACUCUCCCAAAUGGGGAUACGGUAGCCAGCGACAAGGCGGCGAGCACACGACUACUGAGCCAUCUCAGUCCAUGCUGUCACGAAAUUCCGAAACGGCUAUCAAUUGAACGCUCACAACAGGGAUGGAGAAUAAACUUGCGAAUGGAAGGUUCGUGGCUGGCCCGCAUCUUUCAUGGCAAUCCGCUGGGACGUGGGUGGAUUCGGUCAUUCUGGCGCUCGGUUGACCGGAAUCUUGAAGAGCUUGCGCGGUAUAGCUCAGAUCCUAAAAUGAACAAGCUUCGACCCGAGAAUAGGCAAGUAUUAAUGUCUGGUCCUCUGAUUAACCGGUCACUAAUCGUGCCAAGUGUUGUUUCGUGCGCAUCAAGUAUCGGGAUCGCUAACCAGCCCGACCUCUGGGAUACUAUUCGAUUGCCUCAAGUGCAUAUUCAUCGUUCAGCUAUAACUGCUAUAUCGGGAACAAUAGAGGAAAACGCAGCAGGUUCAACAAAAGAUGCAAUUGUACACUUGGCAGAUGGGACCCAAAUCGAUCCAGUUGAUUUGGUUGUGCAUGCCACAGGGUAUAAACCCAUUGUGCCUAUCGCAUUCGAACCGCCUAGUUUUCGACUCAAAUUGGGACUCUCGAGCCUGAUAAGCUCUGAAACGCUUGAAUAUGAUGGACAUCUGUCGCCGGAGAGACUUUUCGAUCCACUGGACCAGAUCACAAGGAACCGGGUGAAACUUUGGCAGGAGCUGGACCAGCGAUCGGAGGCCAUAGUCCGGCAGACAUUGGCUAAAACUGGCUGUGCCAUGAUUGAUCUCGCAGCUCCAUCUUGGGCGGGGGGCCACGAAUACAUUCCAUAUCGCCUAUUCCGGCAAAUGGUAGCACCUGAACUGGUUGCUGAAGGAGAUCGCUCAUUCGCCGCCCUCGGGAUUGUUUUGACAUCCACUAUUGCCGUUGUUGCAGAGGUACAAGCACUGUGGGUAGCUUCGUUCAUGACGAAAGGACUAGAAUGGCUGGACAGUGUCUCGCGGAAAGAAAUGAACGAAUCUAUUUCUGAAGAUGUCGUGCUUGGAUCUUUGACCGGGACGAGCCUCGCGUUCGUCAAUGAGGAGCCAUCGAAGGAAACGCAAGAUCCUGACCAGUCGGAGCAGACAUCGACUCCCGCGGAAGUGAGCUUCAGUGCUAGCGUGCACCCCUCAAGCGUCGCAGUGCAGCCAGAGAACCAGCCCCGAAGCAAUGUGAUACCUGAAUCGAAAGGCUUCGAGGCCCAUUCGCAAGUCAGCGACCCUGGGCUCACAUUUUGGUCUCCAGAAAACACAUACUCGCAGACCAGGACCACCAAAACUCCUGGGCGGUACAGCGCCAAGGACGAAUCUGCAGUCGCAGGCUUAUUGGCACUGGGCACAGGCAUGGGUGAUGCCCGUAUGACGGGCUCCGACCUGGGUCUGUCGGACUUUGUUGCCUCACCGGCUACACAGGAAACACCUCAUACUACGGUGACGCUGUCUACGUUUUCCGGUCCACGCUCGUCGACCCUCUCCCCGAGAAAAGUAGGCAACACGACCGAUUCCAAGUCAACGGAAGCACUGGAGCUACUUCGCCACUACCGCUACGAAGUAGCGCCAUGGGUAAGAUUGUUGCCCCUGGAUGCUCGGCAUAGAGACUGA